UCAACAUGACGACCAGACAGUAAACAACAGCGCACCUCUACACAUUAGAUGAUGCACAGUCUGCAAUCGUUACGCUGUUCACAAACGGUCUCCAGGCUAAACGCUCAUCAUGGACACAUCAAAUGGGACCGCAAAUUCCCACCCUCAGAAUGGGGCCGCCGCUCCUGAAAGCGAGUACAAAUUGAAAUUUUGCACCGUUUGUGCCAGUAACAACAACCGCUCCAUGGAGGCACACCUUCGCCUGUCAGAAGCAAAAUUUCCCGUGAUAUCUUUCGGUACCGGAUCCCUUGUCCGACUUCCAGGCCCAACCAUCACCCAGCCGAAUGUCUACCAGUUCAACAAGACGUCGUACGAUAGCAUGUACAAAGAACUCGAGUCGAAAGACCCUAGGCUCUAUAAGAACAACGGCAUUCUGAACAUGCUGGGCCGCAACCGGGACGUCAAAUGGGGCCCGGAGCGGUGGCAAGACUGGCAGGUCGGCAUCCCUCGCCUCCAGCAUGCCAAGGACCGUGGCAGCGAGGGCACCGAGGCUGGGCUAGUAGAUGUUGUCAUCACCUGUGAGGAGCGCUGCUGGGACGCCGUCAUAGAUGACCUGCUGAACCGCGGCUCUCCGUUGAACCGACCCGUGCAUGUCAUCAACGUAGACAUCAAGGAUAACCACGAGGAGGCUGCUGUUGGCGGUCAGGGCAUUCUGGACCUGGCAACAUCGCUGAACAAAGCCGCGCAGGAAGAGCGAGAUGCCAUCGGCGCGUCUGCGUUUGAUGCGGCGGGCGCCGCGAGCCGAUCAGGGUUUGACGAGAGGGUCCCCGAGAUCCUGGGCGCGUGGCAGGAAAGAUGGCCCAAUUUGCCUGCCAUCUGGACAUUGGCUUGGUUUUGAUGGAGCAUUGAGAUACCCCCCUGGAUGGCAUGUUUGCGGCGUUGGGAGCUUUUUGGCCUGGUCUACGGAAUAUAUACGGGAACGAACCCAUCUUG